GAAUGCUUGUCACCUACUCUUGCUUUCCACCCUCUCUUCUUUCUCUCUCUCUCCUUCCUUCUUAAGAGAAUUCACAUUUCACAUAUACACACAAAAGCAUUUUUCUGGGUUUGUUUUGGUUUUCUCUGUGAUGGAGAAGCAGAGGUGUAAGCUCUGUUUCAAGAGCUUCGUUAAUGGCAGAGCUUUGGGUGGACACAUGAGAUCUCACAUGAUGAAUCUCUAUGUUCCACCAAAACCAGAACAACAACAACAACAACACAAUGACGAUGAAGAUGAUCGACGACUCGGUGAAGAGGCUGAGUCGACUCCAUCAUCAUCAUCUGAAGAAGAAGAAGAAAAUGAAGAGAAAGGCUUGUUGAGUUACGGGUUGAGAGAGAACCCAAAAAAGAGCAUUCGAUUAGUCGAUCCCGAGUUCUCUUUCGCUGGCUCGUCUGUGGUUCUUCAAGACAGAGAGAGCGAGACCGAGUCAUCCAAGAACCCAACUCGGAGACGAUCCAAGCGAAUUCGGAGGUCCGGAAUUCCAGACCCAGAUCGCCACCAUUGCCAUAACCAGACCUCGAAAGAACCAGAGUCAAAGAAACCCAAAUCGGGCCAACCUGGCAAGCCCGAAUCGCCUGUGAGUUCGAUCUCCGAGACCUCCCCAGAAGAAGAACUCGCUUAUUGCUUGUUGAUGUUAUCCAGAGACAAAUGGGUAUUGAGAAACGAAGAAAAAGAUGAAGAAGAAGAUGAACAGACUGAGUACGACUCGGACGAGUUCAAAAAACAGAGCAACAAGACUCGGAUUCGAGGGAAGUACAAGUGCGAGACUUGUCACAGAGUGUUUCGAUCCUAUCAAGCACUUGGUGGUCACAGAGCGAGUCACAAGAAGAACAGAGCUCACAACAAUGGUGGUUCGAUUCGUGAACCGCCAUUGGAAACUGAGGUUAGAGUUACAGAAGAGAAAGUUCAUGAAUGCCCUAUUUGUUACAGAGUUUUUGCUUCUGGCCAAGCAUUGGGUGGACACAAAAGAUCACAUGUUAUUGGAUCAUCAUCAUCAACAAUAAUUACUACUACUACUUCUACAGUUGUUGCUACUAAACCAGUGAAAUCGAAAUUGGGUAGUGAAAAGUUGAUUGAUCUUAAUCUUCCAGCUCCGAUUGAUGAAGAUGAGAUUAGCCAAGUCGAAGUCUCGGUGGUUUCUGAUGCUGAAUUUGUGAACACUAGGGGUGCCUGAUCCGUUAAAAUAGAAGGGCAUGAACCAAUCUACUAUAGAGUAGACUAUUUCAAUAGUUUGAGCGGAUGAGCGGACCAUGUAGAUGUAUUUUUCUUAAUCCGCCUAAAUUCGGAUAGAUGGCAGAUGAGAGGUCAUCUGACUAAAUCCGAUCUGUCAACACCCUAGUGAACACCAAUGUCUUGAGUUCAACUGUUUACAUUGAUUCUGAGCUAAAAUUUUUAAAUUUUUUUUUUUUUAAUGAGAAGAAAUUUUGAAACAGAUCUUUGUAUCAAGCUUCAUAGUAAAUUUGAAUACAUACAAUUAUUCAUAAA